UGGCCUCCCAACAUGCUAGGAUUGCAGGCAUCAGCCAUCACACCCAGCCUGGAUAUAAUGAUUUUAAUAAGCAAUUUGGUCUCCCUGGUGUCACUAGGACACCAGGCUCAACGUUUGCCAUGAAUGGAGAAUAAGCAAGAGCAACAGAAAUGUAACUGUAGGAUCUGCGCUGAGUCCAGGCCUGGGGACCUUGGCUGUGUCCAAGCCUGGGACGUGCUGUCAUGGACGAGGCCUGCCUUGCAGCCGGGAAAGGGGGUGCGUGAGAAUGGAAGAGGCUGGCGCUGUGAGCUCGUGAGGACUUUAUCCCAGACAGCAAGGGUGCCACGCCACAGCCCGAUGAGUGUCUGGCUGACCGGGGUCGGGGUGAGGAGGAAGCAGCUCGGUUUUUGAGGAGGUGGGGCCUCUGGGUGCCUGCAGUUCCUUGCCCCAAGGCACACUAGGGGGCUAGGCUGGUGGACAUCGAGGUGGAGUACGCCUCUCAGUCCUUCUCUUGAUCCACCUGUGUCCUUUCUCAGCAGAUGGUGUCCGGGGCCAAAGACCUGGUGUGUUCCAAGAUGUCCAGGGCCAAGGAAGCUGUGUCCUCCGGGAUGGCCAGCGUGGUGGACGCGGCUAAGGGAGUGGUCCAGGGAGGCCUGGACACCACUCGGUCUGCACUCACGGGCACCAAGGAGGCGGUGUCCAGCGGGGUCACAGGGGCCAUGGACAUGGCUAAGGGGACCGUCCAAGGGGGUCUGGACACCUCGAAGGCUGUCCUCACCGGCACCAAAGACACGGUGUCCGCUGGGCUCACGGGGGCAGUGAAUAUGGCUAAAGGGACCGUACAGGCUGGCGUGGACACCACCAAGACUGUGCUGACCGGCACCAAAGACACAGUGACUGCUGGGGUCAUGGGGGCAGUGAACUUGGCCAAAGGGACUGUCCAGACCGGCGUGGACACCUCCAAGGCUGUGCUGACUGGCACCAAAGAUGCUGUGUCCACUGGGCUCACAGGGGCAGUGAAUGUGGCCAGAGGAACCAUUCAGACCGGUGUGGACACCAGUAAGACUGCCCUAACAGGUACCAAGGACACCGUCUGCAGUGGGGUGACUGGUGCCGUGAACGUGGCCAAAGGGGCCGUGCAAGGGGGCCUGGACACCACCAAGUCUGUGGUCAUAGGUACAAAAGACACAGUGUCCACCGGGCUCACGGGGGCAGCGAACGUGGCCAAGGGGGCUGUCCAGACGGGUGUAGACACAGCCAAGACUGUGCUGACCGGCACUAAGGACACAGUGACUACUGGGCUCAUGGGGGCAGCGAAUGUCGCCAAAGGGACCGUCCAGCCAGGCGUGGACACCACCAAGACUGUGCUGACCGGUACCAAGGACACCGUCUGCAGUGGGGUGACAGGUGCUGCGAAUGUGGCCAAGGGGGCCAUCCAGGGGGGCCUGGACACUACAAAGUCUGUCCUGACUGGCACUAAAGAUGCUGUGUCCACUGGGCUCACAGGUGCCGUGAAUGUGGCCAAAGGGGCUGUCCAGACCGGCGUGGACACCACCAAGACCGUGCUGACCGGUACCAAGGACACUGUCUGCAGUGGGGUCACCGGUGCCAUGAAUGUGGCCAAAGGGGCCGCCCAGACAGGUGUAAACACGGCCAAGACUGUGCUGACCGGCACUAAGGACACAGUGACUACUGGGCUCAUGGGGGCAGCAAAUGUCGCCAAAGGGACGGUCCAGACAGGCAUGGACACCACCAAGACCGUUCUAACAGGUACCAAGGACACCGUCUGCAGUGGGGUGACUGGUGCUGCGAAUGUGGCCAAAGGGGCCAUCCAGGGGGGCCUGGACACUACAAAGUCUGUCCUGACUGGCACUAAAGAUGCUGUGUCCAUGGGAGUCACCGGGGCAGUGAACUUGGCCAAAGGGACCAUCCAGACCGGUGUGGACACCAGUAAGACUGUGCUAACCGGCACCAAGGACACCGUCUGCAGUGGGGUGACCGGUGCCGUGAACGUGGCCAAAGGGGCCGUGCAGGGGGGCCUGGACACCACCAAGUCUGUGGUCAUAGGUACAAAAGACACAGUGUCCACCGGGCUCACGGGGGCAGCGAACGUGGCCAAGGGGGCUGUCCAGACGGGUGUAGACACAGCCAAGACCGUGCUGACCGGCACUAAGGACACAGUGACUACUGGGCUCAUGGGGGCAGCGAAUGUCGCCAAAGGGACCGUCCAGACAGGCGUGGACACCACCAAGACUGUCCUGACCGGCACCAAGGACACCGUCUGCAGUGGGGUGACAGGUGCUGCAAAUGUGGCCAAAGGGGCCUUCCAGGGGGGCCUGGACACUACAAAGUCUGUCCUGACUGGCACUAAAGACGCUGUGUCCACUGGGCUCACGGGGGCUGUGAACUUGGCCAAAGGGACCGUCCAGACCGGCGUGGACACCACCAAGACCGUGCUGACCGGUACCAAGGACACUGUCUGCAGUGGGGUCACCGGUGCCGUGAAUGUGGCCAAGGGGGCUGUGCAAACUGGGCUGAAAACAACCCAAAAUAUCGCAACAGGUACAAAAAACACCCUUGGCAGUGGGGUGACCAGUGCUGUGAAUGUGGCCAAAGGGGCCGCCCAGACAGGUGUAGACACGGCCAAGACCGUGCUGACCGGCACUAAGGACACAGUGACUACUGGGCUCAUGGGGGCAGCGAAUGUCGCCAAAGGGACCGUCCAGACAGGCGUGGACACCACCAAGACUGUGCUGACCGGUACCAAGGACACCGUCUGCAGUGGGGUGACAGGUGCUGCGAAUGUGGCCAAAGGGGCCUUCCAGGGGGGCCUGGACACUACAAAGUCUGUCCUGACUGGCACUAAAGACACCGUGUCCACUGGGCUCACAGGGGCUGUGAAGUUGGCCAAAGGGACUGUCCAGACCGGCAUGGACACCACCAAGACUGUCCUAACUGGUACCAAGGACACCAUCUGCAGUGGAGUCACUGGUGCCGUGAAUGUGGCCAAAGGGACUGUCCAGACCGGCAUGGACACCACCAAGACCGUGCUGACCGGUACCAAGGACACUGUCUGCAGUGGGGUCACCAGUGCCAUGAAUGUGGCCAAGGGGGCUGUGCAAACUGGGCUGAAAACGACCCAAAAUAUUGCAACAGGUACAAAAAACACCCUUGAUAGUGGGGUGACCAGUGCUGUGAAUGUGGCCAAAGGGGCCGCCCAGACAGGUGUAGACACGGCCAAGACCGUGCUGACCGGCACUAAGGACACAGUGACUACUGGGCUCAUGGGGGCAGCGAAUGUCGCCAAAGGGUCGGUCCAGACAGGCGUGGACACCACCAAGACUGUGCUGACUGGUACCAAGGACACCGUCUGCAGUGGGGUGACUGGUGCCGCAAACAUGGCCAAAGGGGCCGUCCAGGGGGGCCUGGACACUACAAAGUCUGUCCUGACUGGCACUAAAGACACCGUGUCCACUGGGCUCACAGGGGCUGUGAAGUUGGCCAAAGGGACUGUCCAGACCGGCGUGGACACCACCAAGACUGUCCUAACUGGUACCAAGGACACCAUCUGCAGUGGAGUCACUGGUGCCGUGAAUGUGGCCAAAGGGACCGUCCAGACAGGUGUGGACACAGCCAAGACGGUGCUGAGUGGCACUAAGGAUGCAGUGACUACUGGAGUCAUGGGGGCAGUGAAUGUGGCCAAAGGAACCAUGCAGACCGGCGUGGACACCUCCAAAGCUGUGCUUAUGGGUACCAAGGACACUGUCUGCAGUGGGGUUACCGGUGCCAUGAGCCUGGCCAAAGGGGUUGUCCAGGGGGGCCUGGACACCACCAAGACAGUGCUGACCGGAACCAAAGACGCAGUGUCCGCUGGGCUCAUGGGGUCAGGGAACGUGGCGACAGGGGCCAUCCACACUGGCCUCAGCACCUUCCAGAAUUGGUUACCUAGUACCCAGGCCACCUCCUGGGGUGGACUCACCAGUUCCAGGACCACGGACAAUGGUGGGGAGCAGACUGCCCUGAGCCCCCGAGAGGCAUCGUUCUCUGGCGUCUCCAGGCCCCUAGAUGUACUCAGUGUAGGCCUGGAGCCUGCCUGGGAAGCUGCAGCCACUACCAAGGGCCUUGCGACUGACGCGGCAACGUUCACCCAAGGGGCCGCCCCAGGCAGGGAGGACACGGGGCUCUUGGCCGCCACACACGGCCCCGAAGAAGCCCCACGCUUGGCAAUGCUGCGGAAUGAGUUGGAAGGGCUGGGGGACAUCUUCCACCCCAUGAAUGCAGAGGAGCAAGCUCAGCUGGCUGCCUCCCAGCCCGGGCCAAAGGUGCUGUCGGCGGAACAGGGGAGCUACUUCGUUCGUUUAGGUGACCUGGGUCCCAGCUUCCGCCAGCGGGCAUUUGAACAUGCGGUGAGCCACCUGCAGCACGGCCAGUUCCAAGCCAGGGACGCUCUGGCCCAGCUCCAGGACUGCUUCAGGCUGAUUGAAAAGGCCCAGCAGGCUCCAGAAGGACAGCCGUGUCUGGACCAGGGCUCAGGUGCCAGUGUGGAGGACGCUGCUGUCCAGGAGGAGCGGGAUGCCGGGGUUCUGUCCAGGGUCUGCGGCCUUCUCCGGCAGCUGCACACGGCCUACAGUGGCCUGGCCUCCAGCCUCCAGGGCCUGCCCGCCGAGCUCCAGCAGCCGGUGGGGCGGGCGCGGCACAGCCUCUGUGAGCUCUAUGGCAUCGUGGCCUCGGCCGGCUCUGUAGAGGAGCUGCCCGCAGAGCGGCUGGUGCAGAGCUGUGAGGGUGUGCACCAGGCUUGGCAGGGGCUAGAGCAGCUGCUGGAGGGCCUACAGCACAACCCCCCGCUCAGCUGGCUGGUAGGGCCCUUCACCUUGCCCCCUGGCGGGCAGCAGCUGUAGGAGCCUGCAGGCCCGGUGCGGGGUCGCCCUGCUCUGCCCAGCGAGGCGCUGCCUCAGACAUUCUUCCCGCCCCCAAACCUGGAUCGGUUCCCUAAAGCCCUAGACCUCUGGGGCUGCGGCUGGCUGAGCACCGAGGGGCUGCGGAGGCAGUGACCUUCUAAGCUGGGCCACCCCACGCCCUGCUCCAGGUCUGCCUGCACCUCCCACGUCCUCCCCCAGCGCUGCCUGCUCCUCUCGGAGCCUGGGGUCAUUCGGCCCGCCAGCCAAGAGCCUUCCCUUGAAGACCCCAAGUGAGCACUGCAAUUAGGAAAGAAAAAGCAGCAUGCCCAGCCUGGAAGGGCAUCUGUUUGCCCCGCUAGCAACCCUUUUAUAUCUAGCCAGGCUCUUCCAGUCCUGCAGCACAGGCCCCCAGCUAUCAGCGGUGCAGGCAGUGCUGUGGCAUCCCAGGCUCCGGGCAGCUCUGUCCUCAUGCUGAAAGUGGGUCUCUGGCCUUAGCACACCUUGAG